AUGGAGGCGCCGCUGCCUGCGUCGGUGCCCGCCCCUGAGGACCGGCCACAAUACGAAACCAAUUCAGUCAACAACUACAACGACAGCGACGUCAAAGCAGAGCAAGAAGCGGAAGUUGAAGUUGGCAGUUGCGGUGAAGAGGUGGCAAAGGAAGAGGGGGGUGACUACACCGCCGGUGCAUCUGCUACGCCCACCCAAUCGCCUCGAAAUCGACCGAACGAAGCCACGAGAGCAGAUGAUGGAGAUGAGAAUGGAAAGGAUGAAGAUGAAGAAGAUGAAGCCGGUGCGGAGGCAGUAGAGGAAGAGGUGCGGGAGGAGAAGCGGAAGUCCUCGGCCGAAGAGACCGCGGAGCUGCUGUGGGCGUGCGAGACGCGGGACAAGGCGGCCGUGUUCGAGCUCACGCGCCGCGGCGUGCGGGCCGACGCGCAGGACCCGCUCGACGCACGCACACCGCUGCACGCCGCCGUCACCGCCGGCAGCGCGGACCUCCUCAUCCUCCUCCUCUCCUCCUGCCCUGAGAUUGACGUGAACAAGCAGAACAGGGGAGGAGCGACGCCGCUACACGACGCGGUGCAGUUUGCGUCGGAGGACAUCGUCGACAUCCUCCUGACCUCGGCCCCCGGCCUCGACGUGAAUGUGGGGGACAAGAUGGGCGCCACGCCUCUCAUACUGGCCGCGCACCGAGGGCGGGAGGAGAUCGUGGCGAGGCUGAUACACCACGAGGCCAACGUCAAUGCCUACACCGUCAUUGGCACCACAGGUCUCCCGCUCACCUCCCCAACUUCUUCCCUCUUCUUGGUCUGGUUUCCCCAACGCAAUACAUGA